ACGAUUCUCAUUUGUGAAAACACUUCUAUUGGUUAAACAAUUUUUUAGAGCUUCUCUUUUACUUUGUAAUCACCAUGAAAAACGUAUUAUUUUUAUUUACUGCUCUUUUUGUGUAUGUUAAUGCUGAUGUAUACACCAUAACAAUAUCGGAUAUUCAGCCAAAAAAAGAGGAAGUGUUAUCUAUUUCAGGCCAAUAUAGUUUAGAUAACUCAGAUCUCAAUUUAAAUUGUUCUGACGAUUUUGUCAUUGUUCGAAAAAGAAUAGAAGACUCACCAAUGUAUGAUGGUUAUGGUAUUUAUGCUAACACUGCAGUACGAAAACCUGUUCAAUUGUGUAAUGAUGAUGUUGAUGAGCUUUCAGGAACUAUGUCAUUUAUUUUAAUGAAUGCUUUAGGGUUCUAUGAUGAUGAUGAAGAUAUAGAAAUAGCAUGUCCAGUGGAAGAGGGAGCUACUUGUCUUCAAAGAGAAUUUAAAAUGGUAUCUGGAAACUUCAUGGGAAUUUUUGAAAAUGGUACUAUGGAAGCACAGUUAGACAUUCAUCUUCCUGCUUUACUUAAAGCUACAUUUUCAAUUUCGAAAGAAGAAGGUUUUCCAGAAUCUGAACCUGUAACAGAAAGUAGUGCAGAGGAACAGCAAGAAAUGCAAGAGGAAAUAGACGAAGGAAAAGAAGAAUCUGACACAGAGGCUGCUGGAGAAGAAGCUGCCGCUCAAGAAGAACAACAAGAAGAGGAAGAACUUACAGAUGAAGAGAAAGAAGCACUUGCUGAAGAAGACGAACAAUGAAGAACUAUAACAAUUAGCUGGUUCUCCAAAAGAUGAUAAACAGUAAAACAAUUCAAAACUUAUGUAUAUACAUAUACAUCACAAUAAUGUAAAAAAUAAAUAUAAAUCUUAAAAUGAUUAUGGCUUAUAAAAUAAAAGUAAGAAACAA